AUGUGAACUAUGGUGACAAUAAACACAGACACUACGAGAAUAAAUAUAUAUUCUAAUGAGAGAUUCAAGGCUCUCAUUACUUGGAAUAGGUUUCUUAAGAUAGAGUGUGUUUCACAGCUUUUAAGACUGUGUUAAUUAAUGAGCACUUAAUGAAGUGGUGGUAUUGCUGGAGUCAAAAGUUGAGAAAACGACAUCAUGUGUUUACUGUUCUUAUAUUCAAAUCCUGACGUGAAGACGGGAAGAUACAAAAUCAUAUUGGUCAACAACCGAGAUGAGACCUAUUCAAGGCCGACGAAACCUGCACAUUUAUGGAGUUCCAAAAUAUAUGGAGGCAUGGAUAUUCUCGAGGGAAAAGAGGGAGGAACUUGGCUGGGUAUUUCCGAAGCUGGUAAGAUUGGCUGCUUACUCAAUAUUUUCCAACCUUCAGACAAGUUCGAAGAAAAUGUAACUUCAAGAGGUUUCUUAGUUGUCAAUUAUCUUAAAGCAGAUCAGAGUGGAUCAGAAUACUUGGAAAAUAUAGCUAAGUUAGAUGCUGUAUACAACCCGUUUAAUUUGUUAAUGAUGGACCCAGGAGAGCAUUCCUACAAUAUAACAUAUUAUAAUAGUCAGAUAAAGUUGUCUCAGAAGAUUCAGUCAGGCGUUCAUGGAUUUGGUAACUCAGCAAUCAACAAGCCAUUCAAAAAAGUUCAGAAAGGUAAACAAAAAUUCCAAGAGAUUAUUGAAGCUUAUGGAAAAACAGAGUGUGAAGAAAAACUUAUAAAUGAACUCAUUAUUAUGAUGCAAGACACCAAAAAGUAUUUUCCUGAUGAACAAUUAAUAGAUCAAGGCAAAGGUCACUCAGAAGACUUUGUGAAGACUCUCUCCAGCAUUUGGGUCACCUUCCCUGCUCAUAAUUAUGGAACAAGGACAACUACAGUCAUCCUUGUGGACCACUCCGACAGAGUUGUGUUUAAGGAACGAACAAUGAAGGAACCAAUCAACCUGGAAGCAAUUGAAUGGGAAGUAAAUGAGUUUAGUUUCAAUUUGAAAAAAGAUUGAACAAUUUCUAAAUAAAUAUAAUUACAAUGUAACAGUACUGCAUCUACAUGUAUGAUACAUUUAUUUUGAAGGGAGACAGUGACUUUGUCUUAGCAACCUUUGUAGAUGUGUUAAAAGUAAUGCAGUCUGUGAAGACUUUUUAUUAAGUCUUUUAGUGCCAUGAACAACUAUCCAAAUUGCAAUGCCAAAUCUUUUUAAAUCUUUAAAAGCAAAUAUAUUUUCGUAUAGGAUUAUAAGCAUACAAAUUCCAAAUACAUAAUACACCAAAGAAAGUAAAGUAAUAUAUUUUUGUUUCAUGUUAAUUUACAGUCCAAUACUUCAGAAGAAAAGUAGCAUGGCUUGACAGGGAAUAUUGAUGCUCUAAGGGCUUGUGUAUGUAUAGGAUGACAGCCCUUCGUGCAAGGCUAGUUAUUUUAUUGUAUUGUUAGAGUUGACAUUUUAAUUUACAUGCUACUUGUUGAUUUUUACUUUGAUUAUAUCAGAGUCCAAAGUAAUAUGUUAAAGUAUCAAAGAGUAUCAUUAAGAGUAGCAAGAAUGUACUGAACAUUUUCCAAUAAUUAGGAUAGAGUUGCUGGACAUCAACCACUUGAGUACUAGAGUAUUACUUUGUUUAUAAGUUGAUUACAAAUAAAUUUAAUACUAUUUUAGAAAGCUGUAAGGUAUGAUUUGAAGAAGGAGUCAUUUAUCCAUAAAUUGAUGUCACAUUUAGCUUGAAGAUGUAACAUGUACAGUACUGAAAUAUUAAUCAAAACACUAUACAUAGAUGGUUGUUAUUAUGGCAUAAAGAAAGCAGUUGGCCACGUUGUACCAGUGGUCAGACAGGUAGUUAUAUCACCCAAUUUUAAAUGCAUUUUACCAGCAUGAACAUUUAUAUGUAUUAUGAUAGACAUUAUAUCUACCUACCUUUCAAUGCUAUCCAUUCCUGUAAUAUCCUACUAGAUACCCACACAGUCAUAAUCCAAAUGGCAAUCCAAACUACACUGGUAGUUUGUAUCAUAGGAACUACUGAACACUAUUGCCAAACAUUAAUGUACUCGACAGCAUGGUGUCAGUAUGUUUUGGUGGUAUUUUCCAUUGAUUUGGAGACCCUUGAUUUUGGACCACCCACCGGAUUGGCAGGCUCAUAGUUUGGUUGUUUCUUUCCUGGGAUCCUUUGAGUGUUAAAAUGUGAUAUUAAUGUACAAUUGCAGGGUACUGUAAUCUGUACUGUAAUUGUUUGUUAAUUUGGCAAAAGUUUGUUUUGGUAGCUGUCCUUGAGCUCCAUGUGGCACCAAUUGUCAGCCAUUUAAAUUUUUCCUAUACAGUAAGCACCAUUCUGAGUGUUUACUUUUCUACAUCCUAAAGAUCUUACGUUUGACUGAAAUUAAAAAAACAAAAUAGAAUAUAUUGUUUUAAAUUAAAAAUAUUAGACAUAUUUCAUGAUAUUAAAUGAAAUGAGUUAAUUUAUCUUACAUUUUAUGCAUAUAUAAUGUUGUGACUUGAAGUUCUAGAGAUUUCAUGUGGACACCCUGUAUGUUUGAAUAGCUCCUAUCAUUUAGAUUUAUUCAGCUACAUAUGCAGUAUAUUUUUUCUGAUAAGAGCCUCUUGGUGGUUCCCCUGAAACUAUCUUGCCGAGAUGGCUCCCUACUACCAGGUCACAUCAGCUGCAGGAGUACUGUUUGGUCUCCCAGGGAUCAGAGCCAGAAUGUGGUCCCCUCACAGGCACAAGGAGCAGGGGACUUAUUGUCACCCUCAUCAGGAAAGCAUCCAGAAAGUCAGCAAAGCUUUACAGAUACCUGCAUAGUUCAUUAGAAGUGAAGCAUCAAAACAGCCAAACAACUCUGCAAAUGAUUCAUUUGCGAAUAAUUGGUUCACUGGAAACUAGCUCGAACUCAUUAGUAUCAAUGGCAGCCACCAGGUGGGCCAAGGCACCCAGGCAACAGCCAGCUCCCAAGGUCAGUCCUGUCGCUGAUGUUGACUAGCUUACUAGUGUGCUCGUCAGGGUCACCAAUUGUCACAGCAGGUCCCACUACUUCUCAGCUAAGUACUGGUCAUCCUUUGGACCUGUCCUUUGUCUUUGUGAUUUGCUUAUUGAAUUUUCUUUUAGUAUUUGAUUCACGUGCACGUGUUUAUUUCCUGACAAAGCCAACUUGUGGUCUACCAUCGGAUCUGCGAUAUUCCUAAAAAUGCUGCUUUGGCCGAGUUUCCAGGCCCAUAAUCACUUCUUCAACAUAGUACCUGUCGUCUCUUCUAAUUCUUGGUAAGUUUCUUGUUUUACUCUUUCUCUAUGGAUAGUUAGCUUCAGGGAGCUGCUAAAGGGUUCCUCCCAGAAAACUAGCCUUGAAUGUCAUGAAAUGCCUCUCUAUGGUGGAGCCCCAUGGCUCCCUUCCUCCCUACUAGGUUUGUCAGAUCAUUGUGCAUCAGCUCACCUACCAGUAAAAUACGUGCCUGGAAACUAGACAGGUAUUGUGGGUUGCAUUAUGGGAAAUGUUUUAUAUAGAUUAUUAAAAUUUUUUACUUAAAGCCCUAAAACUUACCCAUAUUUCUUCUCUUGAGUUUGAACGUGAUACAGUAGUAGUGUCCUAUACAGAGAAUGUUAACCCCCAGUUGCACUAGCAGUUUAUCUUGCAUUUUCUUCAAAUGUAUUUAUCACUUGAUAACUAUUUCCAGCUCUACUUGGUAAUUUGUUGAUGCCUAUUACCAUACUUGAAUUUCACAAAAUGUUACUCAUUCUCACUCAUUCAAUCUUCUUUAUCCCUUCUCUGGCGGUAUGAUGCCUACUUAAUAUCUAGCUUAUUUUUAUAUUUACCUUAUUCUAAUUGCAUAUACUGUGCUGUAAUUAUUACAAUACUGUACUGUAAUUUCACCUAACCUGUGGACAGUAAUAAAAGAAGCUCCAGUGGUAUUUACAGUACAUAGUGUUGAUGUGGAUAACACUGCAUAUUUUUAGGAGUUCUAGACAUCAUAUGCUGAAGUAACAUUUCAUAUUAGACCUUAUGUAUUUGAGCUUCAGAUGGUAUUAUAUGUGCUCACCUAGUUGUAUUUGCAAGGGGGUGAGCCAUGGCUUUUGGGUUCCACCUUCCAAUUCUUAAUCAUCUGGCAGAGCUCCAUAUGAAUUAUGGAGUGAAUAUUAUAGGACAUUAAUUAUACUGUAUACAAUACCUGUAUUUAUACACAAUAUAAAAUUUAUUUGUUCUCAACUGAUGUUUUUAAAUAUCUUAUAACUACUCUAUAAAAAAAAAUAGAGCGAGUGAAUGUGAGGAUACGAGAUGAAGUGGGGCUUCAGUGUUGGGGGGGUUACAAUGGUGUGAAUAUUACACGAGAAAUGGCAGAGAACAAGGCUAAGUGCAACUAUGUUAAGGAGUACAUGCUCUUUUUAGGAGGACAACUAAUGAGUUAAAUUUCAAGUAUGUUUAUUGAGACAAGAAAAAAAUACAUCUCAAAGGGAUAGAGUAGCUUAGGCUAUUUCUAUCUCUCUAAGACAACUAAUGAGCAGCACACAAAAACAGGCAAUAAGACGACUGGAGUGCUGCUAAUUCUCUAUGAUGUUCUCACAGUAUGAAAGACUAAUUUUAAAUGUACAAUACUCUAGUAUAUUCUUAACCAUUUCCUGUUCCAUGUGCUUGUCUUCUCCCUGCUGAUGGCUCCCUACCCAUUGGGAAAUUAGUUAAUCAUGAUGAAUGGAUGUAUAUACCAUGUUGAUACCUAAUAACUUAUGUCCUUUUGCAGUACUAUUAUGGUUAUACAGUAUUUUGCUAGUCUGUUGUUAGUCUCAGACAUACUUGUCUGCAGUGCUGCCAAUAAAGUUGCAUAACAUUGUUGUUACUGAAACUUGAUAACUAUUGUAUACUAGAAUACAGGAUUCAACAUGUUUGAUGGCCCAGGUAGAAAUAUUAAAUACAAUCUCAGUUCAGCUUCAAACUGAAUGCAAAUUUGGAGACCAACUAGUAUAAAGUCAAAUGUGCAAAAUCUUAUUAGCCUAAUGCAAAAUUUUGCAAGGGUCACAGUUUACCUUUAUCAGAUUUAGUUUAAACAAAAUUUAUAAACUGUUUACAUUCUUAUUAAUGCCUACAGCUGAUUCCCUACAGUCAGUAGGCCUACAAAAAACAUUGUCUAAAAAAAACAGGCCUACAAAUUGUUGUUCUUCUUCAGUACUGUCACAUUUUGUCCUUGGACGUCCCUUACUCAUAUCGUGUAGGGAUCCAGUUCAUUUAAAUUUGUUCACAAGUUCAUGAAUCGUUUUGAUCUAGAACCAAGUCUAUGAAAUUUCCUUGUAAAUCUUUCUCUGAUUUUAUUAUAUUGCAAUUCUUUAAUAUGCUAUGUCGCAACAAAGAUGCGUUCUUGUGUAUUUAUUAUUAGUACAGUAUUGUAUUAUGGUUCUGAAAAAAAUUGACAAUUUAUAAAUUUCACAUUUAUAACACAUUAAAGAUGAUUACCAUUA